UUAAUGAUAAGCUAUUUUACUCAGAAGGAAAACUGGUAUCCAAAGAUCGUGAAAGGCAAUCGAUUGGCCAAGUAUUACCCCAAUAAGCUAAAAUGCUCUUACAGGAUGGAUCGAGAAACUAAGAUAGAUUAUUCUCCACUCCCCUUUGUUGCUGAAAUCUUGAAGGAUACUAUUGAGCAAGCAGAUGAUUCUCUUGGGAUUAAAGAAAGCAUUUAUCUGUUUAAAAAACUAGGUUUAACACAAGACUACACUAACAAGAAUAUUUAUCGUGAAGAAUUACUUUGUCCUCUGAUUCCGAAAUUAACACUAGUACUUGCUGAUUGUGAUACAGACACAGAAGACCAGAUAAUUUCAUUCUUGUUGGCUUUAUGCCUCAAUAUACCUAAAGGGAUCUUUUUAGCGUCAUUUAUCCCAGCGACUGAGAAGUAUGCUUUGGCAAAACAGUUAAUCGAAUUGCUGAAAAAUGUUAUACCAAAGCUUUAUGACUAUCUCAUUGGAGUUCAAGCAAUAUCAUUGCUGUAUUUGGUAAAGGAUCUAUGUCGAGAUCCAGAGUUUCUCUAUGCCUUCUGGGAAGAAAGUUUGAUGUCAAAUCUUCUGAAGAAAAUUUCUUUAGAAAAUAAGACUUAUAAACAGAAAUGUUUUUCUCUUCUUGUUCUUGAUAUCUUAUUGAUUUUCAGCGAGAAUAUGUCAGAAGAUUACUUUGAAGAUACCAAGAAAGUCUUUAUGAAAUAUAUUGUUAAAUCUAGUAGGGUUUUAUCAAACAAUCCUCGUUUAGGAUACAAUGAUCUUCUGACUCAAAGUAAUGAAGAAGCUAGGACUAAAAUUCUAAAGAUAUUCAAUCACUUGACUGCUGCUGAUGACGAAUUUGUCAAUCAAAUCUUGAGACGGUUUUAUCAAUUCCCCCAAGACCUAGUCGAACUAAUAAGAAGGAAUGGCGAGAUCACUAUUAAAGAUAAUUCCUCUGAUGAUAUUGAAAAGAAAUAUAAUUCAAUUGAUCUAAAACUACCAAUACCUUCUUUAAAUAAUGAAUCUGAAGCAAAAGAGGGAAAUAAAUUUGAUUUCACUAGAUUGGAAGCGCUCAAAAUCGCCAUGAACCUAACUAAGUACAAGUCUAAUUUUACUAAUCUGAAGGAAGAUCUCAUCAAUGCAAACCUUCUAGAAGCUUUGACGUAUAUAAUUGGUUCUGAAGCGAAUGAUUUAAAGGCAAUCGCAUAUAAAAAGUAUGCCUUUGACUUACUUGCUAAGUUCAAUAGCGAAAAUUAUUGCAUUAUCAACAGAAUUGAGUCCUCAGAUGUUAUGAAAUAUCUGUGCUUUAGUCUUGAGUCAACUGCUGAUGAAGUUAUCCUUGAAAAAGCUAUUCAGUUUGUUAAGACUGUUUUUAAACAUUACCAGCCUUCAGUAAUAAAUCACCUUCUUGAGAAUGAUAUUUUAGUGAGACUUAUCAACAUCGAUAGAUCAAAACUAGUAGGAAAAAUAGCAAAGACAAAUGCAAUGCAUGCCUUGAUGCUACUCUUUGAAAAUGCACAAAACAGUUCUGAAGAAUACUCUCCUAUAUAUUUCGAGUAUGCGCUGCUUGAGGAAGACGAAAAGCAAAGACUAUACUCUAUUUUAAAACAGGCUGAUAAUUUUGACUUAAAACUCCUCCACUAAGCUCUAAUAUUCUUCGUGAA